AUGCCAGUGAUGUUCGUCCGCUGCGGUGAAAUGUUCAAUCCGCCCUUGCCGAAGUCUGGUUAUUCAAAUCAUCGUGUUCCUAAUCCAUGUCCCACUGUCCGAUGGCCGAACAUGACUCACCCUACCAAGAAUCAGAUAGUGGCUGUUCUUACGGCUAUCGCACCACUUGCCAAUGUGAGAUCUGCCAUCUUCCUUCCCUUCUGGACCAUCUUUGAACUUGAGACUGAUGGUCGCAGCUACGAAAGAUUAUCACUUCCUGGUGUCGUGGCAGGCAGAACAGCAUUACAUCACCAUGAACACAAACCGUUCCUUGAUCAGGGAUCGGCUGCCGGAACCGCAGUGCAGGAGAACUCCAACCACUUCCGAACUUCGUUCCUUACCCCUGAAUGCCAAUUUGAGUGUGGCUUUGGCUCAAGAGGCACACCAAAUGAGUUUAUUGAGCCCGAAACACCCACUGGUCAUCAACCCAGACCAGGCUCAUGGAGCGAGGUGUCUGCGGAGCCCCGAUUGUCGAUGUUGACACAGGCAGAGUCUGCGGCUUCUUCCACCUCAGCAAUGGGAUUAUGCGUUCUCUGCUGUGACUGA